AUGGCUAACGGUACAGUUUUAUUAGUUCUUUAUGAAGGUGGUAAACACGCAGUAGAGCAAGAGAGGCUAUUGGGUGCUAUUGAAAAUGAACUGGGCAUCAGAAAAUUCAUUGAAUCCAAUGGUUACCAAUUAUUGACCACCAUUGAUAAGGAUCCUGAACCAACUUCAGCAGUAGACAGACAUUUGGCAGAUGCAGAGAUUGUUAUUACUACACCAUUUUAUCCUGCAUACAUUACUGAAUCCAGAAUUGCUCAGGCCCCCAAUUUGAAAUUGGCAAUUACCGCUGGUGUAGGUUCCGAUCAUGUUGAUUUGGACGCCGCUAAUGAAAGGAAAAUCACUGUAGCUGAAGUAACUGGUUCUAAUGUGGUUUCAGUUGCUGAACACGUUUUGACCACCAUUUUGGUUCUAAUUAGAAACUACAACGGUGGUCAUGAUCAAGCUGUUACUGGAGAAUGGGAUAUUGCUGGUGUAGCCAAGAAUGAAUAUGAUUUAGAGGAUAAAGUUAUUUCCACUGUCGGUGCAGGUAGAAUUGGUUACAGAGUUUUGGAAAGACUCGUUGCAUUUAAUCCCAAGAAAUUGUUGUACUACGACUACCAAGAUUUACCAGUUGAUGCUAUUAAGAGAUUGAACGAUGUGAGUCAAUUGCUUAACGGUAGAGGUGAUAUUGUGCAAAGAGUUGAAAAAUUGGAAGAUAUGGUUUCUCAAUCUGAUGUUGUUACCAUCAAUGCGCCAUUACACGAAGGUACCAAGGGUCUUUUCAACAAGGAAUUGAUCUCGUACAUGAAAGACGGUGCUUACCUGGUAAAUACCGCCAGAGGUGCCAUCUGUGUGGCACAGGAUGUCGCUGAUGCUGUUAAAUCUGGUAAAUUAGCUGGUUAUGGUGGUGAUGUCUGGGAUGUACAACCAGCACCAAAGAACCAUCCAUGGAGAUCAAUGAAUAACAAGGAUCAAGUUGGCAACGCUAUGACUGUCCAUAUUAGCGGUACCUCAUUGGAUGCUCAACAAAGAUACGCUGAAGGUGUGAAAAACAUUCUAGAGAGCUACUUCACCAAGAAAUUCGACUACCGCCCUCAGGAUGUCAUUGUAAAGGAUGGUAAAUACGCUACUAGAGCCUAUGGUCAAAAGAAAUGA